AUGAAGUUCUUCAGCGCCGUCUCUGUCCUGCUCGCCGCAAUGGCUGGGCCUGCGUUGGCAAUGCCCAACGCGAACCCAGGGCUUUCUCCCAUCGUCGACUCCCCAAACCUGGUCGCUAGAGCUCCCGGCGAUGACCCCACCACCACUGUCAAGAUCCCAGGAUCUGAUAACACCACCCAGUACAUGACUUGGCUAACGGAUCAGGGCGAACUUGACUGGAACCUUUUGGCUCAAGACGCCGUCAAGGUUUCCGGCCAGAUAAUGACCUCCAUCGAUUUGAAUACCAUAGUGGAAGACAUGCUUCGACAGAUAGCCAACUAUAUACGCUAUUUCGCGAAGGGAAUGUCACCUAUAGAUGCAAUUCUCGAGAUGAUGUUUAGCGUUGUCAAAGCGCUCCUCGCCAAGGUCAGCCUGAACACCCUAGUGCAGAUGUCCAUGUCCAUGACAGGAUAUCUUGUCUCAGCAAUGGACUUUGACUCGGCGAUGAGGAUCAUCUUUGAGUUUUUGAAUGGGUUGAUCUAA